AUGUAUGAAUCAAUCGGGUGUUCGAACUCGGGGAGGAAGAGCGGUCCGGGCGAGAAGAGACAAGAGGUUUUUAUGGAUAUGUUGGAUGGCGAUGCAGAGGGUGGUCGGUGGGAGGACGACGGCACCUCAGUCGCAAGAGCCGAGAGCGACGGGAAAGGCAAAGAAAAAGACGGUCGAAAACCUGGACAGCCACCACCACGAAAGUCAGCACGAUGUGAUGCAAAAGAUGUCAAUGAGAAAGGAAGAUGUCUGGAGAAGGGAAUCCAAGAAGAGGGGUGGGCCGUGGGAGGUGAGUCGUUCUACCAAGCGCUUGGGUAUGUCAGCGGAACCUACCUGAUCGAUAUGCACCAAAAUUUCGAAGGGAAAUGGUCAAGAGAAUGGGCGAGAAGAAGUCGGGUUGGGUCGAAGAGAAGCGAGCAGAGGUGGCCUGGGUCGGUGACAAUCCAUCCUCUUGAAUGCACCCUUUUCCCCCCACAGACAUCCCCCGACUUCCUUCCAGAUGCGAAUUGA